AUGAAUAAAAUUGAACAGCAUCAAAGCGACGAAGAGCUAGCGUAUAAUUUAUUCAGCUUCAAAGACAAAGAGAAAACCCCGCCGUAUCGCGAAAAAAUGACAGUGAAUGGUAUUGAUAUCAACAUGGAGAUUGAUACGGGAGCAUCGUUCUCGGUGAUUAAUGAGAAAACAUUGCAAGAAAUUAGUCGCGGUAAAGGAAAUCUCGACUUAAAACAAACUUAAAUUUCCUUACGUACCUACACUGGUGAGAAAAUAUCUCCGAAGGGAAUUACUGAAGUGGUGGUCGAAUACAAUAACCAAGUUAGUCGGUUACCUUUAUUGGUGCUGAAAGGCAAUGGUCCUAAUUUGAUUGGUCGAAAUUGGCUUGAAAACAUUUGCUUAAAUUGGACAAGCAUCAAACGACUAGCCAAGCCUAACUUAGAAGAGGUUUUAAACAAGUACGACGACUUGUUUACAGACAAAUUAGGCAAAUUGAAUGGCGUGACUGCCAAGAUUUACGUCGACCCGUCAACGAAACCGAUUUUUUGUAAAGCUCGGUCGGUACCAUACACGAUGAAACCUAAGAUUGAAAAGGAACUCGAAAGGCUCGAAAGACAAGGAACAAUUGAAACCGUACAGUAUUCAGAUUGGGCAACGCCAGUGGUACCAAUCAUGAAACCUGACUGA